AUGGUAGAGUUCCACGCGCAGCACCUGGCAAGCGCAUUUCAAGCUUUCGCCAAGCUCUUGCUACACGACCUCAACCUGAUGCCUGCAACGGGCGCCCGCGCACGUCUGGUCGUGACCGAGCCCGAUGCACAACAGCUGAGCAACACGUUGCGGGCUCUCGGGCGAUUGAAUUUUAGCGGCCAUUUCACAACUGAAGCCGCAGCACACCAGGUCCAAUCUGCUCGCAGCCUCCUUGGGCCGCAGGAAACUUCGAACAGGACUCGGACGCCUACCAGUUCGGUGUUGCUCGAUCUGGCACUCUUGGAAGGGCUGGCCGAUCAAGCAAUACGAAUGGCCCCACACUUUGAUCCACAAGGCCUGGCAAUGGUGGCAUGGUCCUUCGCUACAUGCGAGCUGCGAGACCUGCCGCUGUUUGACACCACCGGGGAACAGGUUUUGAGCAUCAUCCAUGAGCUCGACCCGCAGUUCACAGCAAUCAGCGCCCGAGAUCCUUCCACGCCGGCCACCUUGAGCAUCUCCCUGAUGUAG